AUGGCAGGCAGCUUGAAUUGGGCCGUCUUCGUGUCGUUCGACGACGGCGUCAAGUGGGUGCUCCGCUCUCCUAGGCGCUCAUUCCUGAGCGACGAGUAUGCUUCUCGCAUCCUCUUGAGCGAGGUUGCUACGCUCAGGUACAUCAAGGCACACAGCCAAGUUCCGGUCCCCGAGGUCUUCGCCUACAGUGCCUCACGCGAUAAUGACAUUGGGAUACCUUACAUCCUGAUGAGCCGUGCCGCUGGACAACCACUUUCGCAGUAUAACUGGCCGCAACCGCCCUGCCAACCUCCCUCGGAGGGUCCCCUGGGCGACGCUCUAAGGCCACUCUCAGAGGAGGAUAUGAAAAAGCUCGCAACGCAGUUAGCCCACAUAGUAUUGCAGUUGUCCCGUCUUCGCUUCGACAAGAUCGGAUCUCUAUUCCAAGACGACAAAGGCAAUUACAUCGUCGGCGAAUGCCUCUCCCAAUCGCUUACGUGGCAGUACAGGGAUUCGCUGGAGGAUAUCAACCGCGGCCCAUUUGACAGUGAACGUGCCUACCUCGAGUCCCUGGUUUCAGCCUUCAUUCGCCACGCCAAGGAGCUUCCUGUUGGACCACUGAGCUAA